CGACUGUCAAGCUGCAGCUUCUAAGCAGCUGACUUAGACAGACCCAAACUGACCUGAUACGUAUUUAAACUAUAAACGGAUGAUUGUUGUGCGACUCAGUGACUGCGUUCGUGUUAAGUGGUACUGAACCUCUUAGUCUGAAAUGUAUCUCUUAUUUUAUGUGGCUGAAACUUCAUUUAUUCCUCUAUUUAGUCGGUUAUUCCGCCUAUAACUUGCACUUGCUGGAAAGCUGUCUUAGCUAACUUAGUUCAAAAUGACUCUUCCAGCUUUGCACAACACCAGCGUGCUUUAUAGACGAAUUUUAUCACAGUUUCCUCAGGACAUCAGUUUAGCUUUUGCCUAUGGAUCUGGCGUUUUCAAACAACACGGGACACACCAAGGUCAAAUGGACAAGAACAUGCUGGACUUUGUGUUUGCGGUGGAUGACCCAGUGACGUGGCACACCAUGAAUCUGCUGCAAAAUCGCAAACAUUACUCCAUCCUCAAGCUACUGGGGCCCACGAUGAUCAGCUCUGUGCAAAAUGAACACGGCGCUUCUGUAUACUACAACACGCUGGUCCCAGUGGAGGAUAGGAUAAUCAAAUAUGGUGUGAUUAGUACAGAGUCUCUCAUAGAUGACCUGAUGCACUGGAAGACCAUGUAUGUUGCUGGACGCCUUCACAAACCAGUGAAAAUGAUGGUGCAGAAUGACAAUGGAAAGCUCCGUGCUGCGCUGGUGGCCAACUUGAAGAGUGCUGUAAUAGCCUCCUUCCUCAUGCUGCCAGAGAGCUUCACUGAAGAAGACCUCUUCCUGCAGAUAGCUGGUCUUUCUUAUGCUGGGGAUUUUAGAAUGGUGAUCGGAGAAGAUAAAUCCAAGGUAGCAAAUAUCGUCAAAGACAACAUUCAACACUUCCGGAUUCUGUACAGCAACAUUUUACGGGACUGCCCUCAAGUGGUUUACAAACCUCAACAAGGAAAACUUGAGGUUGAUAAAAGCCCAGAGGGCCAGUUUAUCCAGCUGAUGGCAUUGCCUCGGACCCUUCAGCAAAGGAUCACAAAGCUGGUCGAUCCUCCGGGGAAAAACCGAGACGUGGAGGAGAUUCUACUGCAGGUUGCUCAGGACCCAGACUGUGGAGCUGUCGUACAUCAAGGUAUUUCAUCUAUUGUGAAAUCCUCCAGUAUAACCCAGAGUAUCAAAGGCAUUGCUACAGCUGGCAUGUGGAAGACAGUGUCAUACAGCACCAAGAAACUGAUGAAGAUGUGGAAGGGUUGGAGGAGGAAGCCGUCCGUCUCACAGAUGUCCUGAUCCUGUUUGUUGACCAGAUCUUUCUCUGUAACCUGUCAGCCAGAAAAUCAAUGUCCAUCCUUGAUUUUUCUCUGUCAAACUCUGGCUGGAAGAACCACACACUUCCCUGUGGUUAUAUCACUGCACAGCCUCUAUGAAUGGAAUCACUGAGCAGUCUGUGUUUGAAUAGUGUAGAACCGUCAGUACUGUACAACUGCCCUUUAUCAUGCAUUUCAUGAAAGUUGUAGAAAAGAGGUUGACAUUUUACAAGCCUGACUGAAUUACGGCUGACAUUUAAUGGUACUAUGGAUCGGACCUUUCGGCGUAAUGACUACAGUGACUGGGGAGCUGCUGAAUUGCUACCUCUGGACCCACAGCACUAAAUUAGUGUGAACACAGCAUGCAUCAAGUACCACAAGUAUAGUCAAGAAAGGACUUUGCUGUCUUCUGUCAUCUUUUUAAUUAUGCAAAUGAUGUUAGAUGUGUGCAUUUUCUUCGUGAACGGUCAGAUGACAGGCAGCUAAGAGAUUGAGAAUGAUAUUUCUGUUUUGUCUUUUGUGCUUAGAGGGGGCUUUAUUGAACUCUAUUCAGAUGUGGACUGGCGUUACAUGUCACAGACACACACACACACACACACACACACACUUUAUACCCCUCUUAGCUUGCCAAAGAUCUCAAUUCCUUGAUCUCUUUAAUAUCCUUUUACCGGCAGUCUUGCUGUUUGUCCAAUCUUUAUGUCGGUAUUCAUAAAAUAAAAGAUUGGGUCAAAUUUAUUUCAUGAUAAAAAUGUUGGUCAUUGUUAAGUUUAUCUCUCUGUUACUUGUUACUUAUUUUUAUCAGCGUAUCAUAUUAAGAGAACUGGAGGUCUUCAGUACUUGCUGUAGUCUAAUUCAAUUACACAAAUUGGGUUUAAUACAAAUUGUAAUACAA